AUGACACGAAUCUUGUCUAUGCGAGCUUUGGGCUGGAUCGGACCCUGGGCAGCCCAUUACUCCGGAGCUUUGCGCCCGUACUUUGACCACGAGGAGGAAUUCGUUCGCCUUUCCGCAAUCGAGGCGGUGCGUGGGUUUUCGACCAUGUCCGCCUCGGAGGGGCCUUCAGGUGAAGUUGGCAGGCACAAGAAGUCCCUAGUGCGCUUGAUGCGGGAAGAUCCGAGCAUGGAGGUUCGGAAGAUGGCAGAGCAGGUGUUGGACAUGAAGGACUGGAAAGUCCCUCAUUGGAUGGAAGUCCAGAAGCCUGCCUGGCGCGAGCGCGUCAAGCGAGCCAUCGCCAACCGCGGCAAGGGCACCCGCAAGGGGAAGAAUAGUGAGGGCACGCUGCACAAGCGUUACUGGGAGAAGCUGCCCAGAUGA